GCGGCGCAGAGCGCGGUGGCGCUGGCCCGGCAGCAGGUGCAGCUCAGCGUGAGCCCACGGCGCGGCCACAGCCCCGAAAUCAGCAUGCCGGUGGUGGUGGAGGACGCCACGUCCUCGGCCAGCGUCACCCUGCGGGUGCAGCCCCACAUCACCAUCGGCACCCUCAAGGAACAGGUGUACCUGGAGCUGGGGUUCCCCCCGCAGUCCCAGCGCUGGAUCAUCGGGCAGAGCCUGUGCCGGGACGGGCGCAGCCUGAGCUCCUACGGCAUCCGGCACCACGGGGACCCGGCCUUCCUCUUCCUCCUGCCCGCGCCCACACCUGACCCCCGCGGGCUGCUCCGGGCCCUGGGGCUGGAACACGAGUUACCUGCAACAGGCCGUGUCCCGGAGCUCCCGGAGCGGACGGACCCUGGGGACAUCGGUGACAUCACUGGGGACAUCGGUGACAUCAUCGGGGACAUCGGGGACAUCCAGGCUCACCUGGACUCGCUGCAGCUCCGGGACAGCGCUGGGGCCCCGCCCACAGCCCCCGAGCCCCGCCCAGCCUCACCUGAGCAGGGCUGGCCGUGCCCCCGGUGCACGUUCCGGAACAAGCCCACCCGCCCGGGCUGUGAGAUGUGCGGCUGGCCGUGCCCCCGGUGCACGUUCCGGAACAAGCCCACCCGCCCGGGCUGUGAGAUGUGCAGCUGCCCCCGGCCCGACGGGUACCGCGUUCCCGGGGGGCACCGCCCCGACCCCGCCGAGCAGCGGCGCCUGCAGAGGGAGCGCGACGGGGCCCGCCAGUGCCAGCAGGCCCUGGAGGCCGAGCGCCAGAGGAAUUUCCAGCAGCUGCUGCGGGCGGAGGAGUCGGAGCUGGUUCCGAACCCGGAGCCUCUGGAAUGCGGGAUCUGCCUGCAGGAGGUGCCGGCGGGGCAGGGGGUGCUGCUGCGGGACUGCCUGCACAGCUUCUGCAGGGAGUGCCUGGCGCAGCUGAUCCGUUUCAGCGAGGAGCCGCUGGUGGCCUGUCCCUACCGCGAUGUCACCUACGCGUGUGGCAGCCACCUGCAGGAGCGCGAGAUCCGCGCGCUGCUGUCCCCCGAGGAGCACGCGCAGUUCCUGGCGCGGGGGCUGGCCCUGGCCGAGCGCCGCAGCCGGAACAGUUUCCACUGCCGGGGCCGGGACUGUCCGGGCUGGUGUUUCUACGAGGACGCGGUCAACGAGUUCCCGUGCCCGGUGUGCGGGGCCCUCAACUGCCUCCUGUGCAAGGCCAUCCACGAGGGUCAGAACUGCCGGCAGUACCAGGACGAGCUGCAGCUGCGGGCGCUGGACGACGCCGCGGCGCGACAGACGCGGGACAUGCUGCAGACCCUGGUGCAGCGCGGGGAGGCGAUGCACUGCCCCAGCUGCCGCAUCGUGGUGCAGAAGAAGGACGGCUGCGACUGGAUCCGCUGCACCGUGUGCCACACCGAGAUCUGCUGGGUCACCAAGGGACCGCGCUGGGGACCCGCCGGUCCUGGGGACACCAGUGGCGGCUGUCGCUGCAACGUCAACGGGCAGAGGUGCCACCCCCAGUGCCAGAACUGUCACUGACCCUGGGGACACCCUGGGGACACCGAGGGGACACCGAGGGACACCAAGGGACAUCCCUGGGGAC